GUCGCGCUGUUCGACAAUGCAAGCAUAUGGCAUAAUUUCCUCAAUUUGACCUCGACUCACCUCGGAGUCAACGUCUCGAGAUACACCCCGUCUCUGGAGGACCUUGUGUGGGCUGGUCCCAGGAUGGUCAUGAAGCUCGGCAGACUCGGCUCCUUCAUAGCGGUUCCCGAUGCAAUUGACGGGUUCGGCCAACGAGUCGUGCCUGAUGCGACUGGUUCCGACCUCUUCUCCUCGACAUCCUCCCUCUACGGCUCCAACACCUACACUACCCGCAAUCCCGCUUCCGCCACGCCCUCAGACCUCGCCGAGAAAGAUCCUGUGAUGUAUCGUUUCUCGAUGGAGGGUGCCAAGGGCCUAGGCAGCGUGUUCAGCUACGCCACCAGCAAGUGGGCGCUAUGCUGUAUCGCCAUGGCAGUCGUCCUAAACCGAACCCAUAUUUUCGCGGCGACGAGACGGCGAAUACGGCUGCGGUGGUCCGUACGACUUGUGAUCCGAAUCACUCCUCUCCUUCUCUUCUACAUACAAGCUCGGAGUCUACUUCAGUCCAUACAAUGUCAGACAUCGCCGGAUUUUGCCGAGUUGCGGUGGGGAAAUGCUAGCAAGAGCUCAGAUCUUAUGUUCUCUCAGCGCAAUCCCCUGCUGCAUGACAUGAGCUCCAUGCUGUUGUUUGGUGCGACAGACGAGGAGUCAUGCUUGGCCGUGCACAUGAUUCCAGCGGCGGAUGAGGAGUCACCUGAUCUGAAGGGCUCUCUGUCGCUUCUGUGGCCUCUGUUCGGUACCUUCUGUCUGAGCCAGUUCAUCGAGACCAUCUCCUGCGCAGUUCAGGGAAAGUCGGUCUCUGCUGAGACGGGUAUGACUCUUUUCGAACAUUCCCUUGCGUUUGCCGAGGCCGAAGCUGCAAUCAGCAAUCAGCUUGGCUGGGGUAUCUUUAGCCCUACAGCAGCUGAUGCGACGGCCCAAUCGACUAUGGCUGCGAAUGCGAUCAGCAGAUCCAUGAUCAUGAAACGAGUCAAUACACCUCCCGAGGUGCUCCUUAUCGCCUUCUUUUCCACAAUGAGCCAUAUUACAAGCCACCUCCUAGGAGUAUUUGGCAAGCAGGCAAAGUUUCGCCUGAUCAGCACGGGUUUCUGGGCGCUGUGCUUCAUGAGUAGUAUCGUCUGGAGUGCCAUCACAUUCUCGCUGGAAGACUCAUCAAGCCAAGGGCUGUUGAGAUAUCCUACGGUCUGUAUUAUUGGGUUCAUACCUCAUGUUCUGGUUUUAUCAGGGAUUGUGGUCUGCUUCUCCAUCUACUCCAUGGCACUCUGUAUAUCUGCGCUAGCGACUCCGUCCAGCACAGCGCAAGGAGAGCGGCUGACGUUCAGGGAACGCAUUGCUCUUGCGCACUCUAAUAUGCAGGCCAAUUUAUCAUUUUCCGACCUGAGGAUCACGUUGGAGAUGGACUUCUAUACGGCACUCCUGCGAGCUGGGUUCGGUGCAAUCACGAUGGCCACCGAAGCCGUUUACCUGAACGAAGACCGAAGCGUGAAUCUCAAGCGCACAACCUGGCUUGAGGAGGAACGGUACCGCGAGAUCGAGGAGCUAAAAAUGAACUGGAUCAGCUCUGGUGUACCUGGCUCACGGUAUGAUACCUCUGGUGUCAUCGGUUUGGUGCCGGUCAAGGACGGCCAGCUUAGGGCAACCAGUGGAUAUGCACGCGAGAGAGCCGCACAGAAGCUUUCAAGCUCCAUCACUGGCGAGCGCCGCGCCAUACGAGACGGCAUUGGCGCCGCAGAACGAAGCGGCCGCUGGCUAUUAGCCUUCUACUAUCUGAGGCACAUCGGCAAGCUAUGUUGCACGUUUUCCGCCAUGGGCUUGUGUUGGUCCUUGGCCAAGACUGGCGUGCGAAAUCCCCCGAGAUGGCUCAAGAACUGGUCCAAACUGCCCAAAUCCGCAAAACCUGAAGAGAAGCGGUCGAGAAGGGGACGGCAAUACGACAGUGUGAUUCAGGGCUUCGGGGCCACAGGGAUCCCCGGCAUCCAACGAUCUGAUCGGGUUGAUGUAGAGCGAGAAAUGCGUCGGCUAUACACUGAGCAUAAUCCUCUUGACGACGAAGGCACCCGCGAACGGUGGAUCGACAGCAACCUCUACCAGUGGUGGCUCCAUGGUGGUUGGUGGGGCAAGACCGACACAAGUGGCGAGUAUGCCCCGGCUGCAGAAGUGGAAGAUCCCGACUUUGAUGCGACAAGCGUCAUCUCGACUACAGAAUCUUUGUAUUCAGCAAGCGACGAUGAGGAUGGGCAGGACUGGGAGGACGUUGAUGGCAUCGACGAUGGUCAGCGGACGCCAACCCAGCGAUCUCCAUUCUCCUCGAGAGAAGCCUCUCCCGUUGUCGACACACCUGUACAGGCAGCUGACCUGGCAGCCCUGCUCCACCCACGCAGCGUCGAAGAGCGCGGUCAGGCACGCGCUCUCGCCGCUCACCUUGGCUCGGACCGCGUCAUGACACGGGCCGGCUUCAGGCGCUACGAGCAGGCGCAGCGGUCACAAGUCCUCUUUCCCAGCCGCUAUGUUCGAGGCUCCGCCAAGAUGACACCCGAAGAAGAAGUCCAAGUGCUUGAGCAGAUCCUACUUGAACGGCGUGCCGCCACAGCCGCACCUACCGAUGGCGAUGCAGGUCCUUUUGGUGCCGAGGGCGCUGGCUCGGCCAGCUGGGCCGAUGGCGCAGCUGGCAUGGGCUCGGACGGUCCGCAAUGUGUCGUGUGUCACAGCUCUCCGCGGACGGUGAUUGUUUGGCCGUGCCGGUGCCUCAGCCUCUGUGAUGACUGCCGGGUGUCGCUUGCUCUGAAUAACUACGACAAGUGUGUCUGCUGUAGGAGAGAGGUGAUCAGUUUCAGUCGUAUCUACGUGCCUUGA